GCUUUAAGGAGCUGGCGUUCGUCUCCUUUUUUUUUUUUGCUUCAUACAUAAAAAUAGCAGAGCGUGAUCGCUAUUCUAAUGCAGGGGCACCGCAAACUGACCGACCCCGGAACGUGUUCUUCGCUGUGGUCUAGUCUUCGUCCGGGAUUUUUAAGUUCUUGUAACUUUUUCUUUUGGCUGCAAGAAUUCGUUCAGCAUGAAACACAUGACUAAACAGCAUGGGAAAUAAAUAAUAGAUAUAUAAUGGCGGACUGAUGAUCAAAAAUGCACAUAUUUUAAGCUUAUUAAAAACAUAGUAACGGUGUCUAUCAGACCGCAUCGAGUUACAGAAGACGAACCCGGUUGCCUGUAUUGGUUAUGUGUAAUACAAACAUAUAUAUUAUUAAGUGACCCUUUGGAGCUGAGACGCGGUAGGCUGAUUGUAAAUGGUCAUUGGUGAUAUCGCUUCAGAGACGGAGGUUGUAAUCGACUUUAUCUAAGGAAUUUUCACCCUGUGCUGUAGCGGUUUAUUUCGCUUGGUUAAGAAGUAACCAUACCGGAAUUAUUAUCCUUUUUUUUGGUCUGGAUUAAUAUUAUUCGUUUUAAAAGCACACAUUAUUAAGAAUUUGGAAAUGGGAACCCAGGGACCUGGACGAAAAAGGAUUCCUAACAGAGAGAGAUUGACGGCCGAAGACGAUACCUUAAAUGUAAUUGCAAGAGAGGCGGAAUCCCGUUUGGCUGCGAAGCGAGCUGCACGGGCGGAGGCACGGGAGAUCAGAAUGAAGGAGCUGGAAAGACAGCAGAAAGAGAUCUACCAGGUUCAGAAGAAAUAUUACGGUCUGGACAACAAGUGGGGCGAUAUCGAGCAGUGGAUGGAAGACAGUGAGAGGUACUCCCGCCGGGCACGGAGAAACACCUCGAUGUCCGAUGACGAUGAACGAACAUCCGUGGGCAGCCGUGGCAGCCUGAGGGCUGGCUCACCCAAGGACAAGCCCAAGAAGAAGAAGAAGAGUUCUAAAGCCAGCUCAAGGCACAGUGAUGAGAGUAGGAGAUCACAGUCAUCCAGACAGGAGCAGCUGCCGGGGAAUCACUACUCCUCGGACCUGUACAGUAACAGCGGCCUCUCCUCCUUCUCCAGUUCCCAGUCUUCAGCUCAAAACGGAACGCGGCCUUCCAUGCUUUGUGGCGAUGCCCUUCCGCCUCGGAACCUCAGGGGCUCCCUGUAUGAGGAGAGUGUGCACAGCGGGACGCGCCGCUUUAGUGCCCCUAGCUCUCGAGCUCCCUUGGAGUACAGUGGUUUCCCAGGCUCCAGCUCCCGUGCUUCCUCCCGGGCAAGCUCGGCCCGCGCCAGCCCCGUGUUGCUGGAGGAUUCCAGCUCCAUAGCAGGAUUCCUGCGCAGCUCGGCUCACAGCAGCAGCAGCAGUGUGCGGAGUGACCUGGAUGACGUCACCAUUCCUGACUUCCCAGACGUUGAAGAAAGACCGGAGAGGGACUUUGCCGAGAAGGGAUCCCGCAGCACUUCCACCCUAUCGGCUGCUACUCUUGCCUCGUUGGGUGGGUCUUCCUCCCGGAGAGGAAGUGGAGACACCUCGAUCUCAGCCGAUACAGAAGCCUCGAUCCGAGAGAUUAAGGAUAUUCAUGAGCUAAAGGACCAGAUUCAGGAUGUGGAGAGCAGAUACAUGCAGGGGCUCAAAGAAAUGAAGGACUCCCUGGCCGAGGUCGAGGAGAAGUACAGGAAGGCCAUGGUGUCCAACGCCCAGCUGGACAACGAGAAGUCCAACUUCAUGUUCCAGGUGGACACCAUGAAGGACUCUCUGAUGGAGCUGGAGGAGCAGCUGGCCGAGACGAGGAGAGAGUUAGACGAGAAGGUCAAGGAACAUGAAAGAGAACGACAUGCCCACUCUGUGUUGCAAUUCCAGUUUAACGAGAUGAAAGAAAACCUUAGACAAAGUGAAGAAUUGUUAGCUGAAAUACGGCAGCUGAAACUGAAGCAGGAGAGCUCUGUUAGAGAGGUUUCAGACUUGCAGGAAACCAUCGAAUGGAAGGAUAAAAAGAUAGGGGCGUUAGAGAGGCAGAAGGAAUAUUUUGAUGUGAUCCGGACUGAGCGUGAUGAGCUCAGAGAUGAGAUUGUCCUGCUCAAGGAUGUAAUAAAGAAACAUGGGAUAGUUCUAGGCGCAGAGCUGACAAGCAAUGGAGAAGUGGGCGACACAGUUCUUGACAGCACAGUCCAGACUGACUCUGUGAAGAGGUCAGUGCAGGACUCCACUCCGGUUCUGCAGAUUCCUGAGGACGGGUUAAUCGGCAAAGCCACGGCGGUGGAGAUGAAAAUUUCGCUUUUGGUGGAUGUUGGAAAUAAAGAGAUCUUGCAGAGUGCUGGGGACAAGGCUGAAAAGCAGGAGAGCUUGGAUGACGAUGCUGAGACACAGGAAGGGCAUGUCGGUGAAAAGGCACAAGAGAAUUUGGCUGAAAAUGAACAGUUGGCGUCGGUGCCUGGUGACGACACACUUAAUGACCCAUCAGAUUUUCAGCAAUGGGAACAGAAUGACAUUGCCAGUCAGACCUCUAGCUAUUUGCUUGAGACCGCAGAGAUUGACAGUACCUUAAGCAGUAAUGCAGUUGCUCAGAGCUCAGUUGAUGACAUAAAUCAAAAUGACAUUCACGAACACAGUCCAGUUCUUGAGCUGACAUACAGUGUAGAUGAUGGAAGUGUAGAGGCCGACAGUCUUAUAGCAGAAGGAGAGAUCAUGAGUGAGAGGGAAACGGAAGCGAUUAACAGGGAGGGUGAAGGAGGCAAGGAAGUGGUGCAGGUAAUCAUAACAGGACCCGAUGAUGAGAAGGAAGGUGAGACUGAGCAAGACCUUUCUGAUAAAGAAGCUGAAACUACUGAAAAGGGUAAUAGUGAUGGUCAACAAAGUGUUCAGAGUGCAGAGGAGAUGAGAAUAGAGGGUGGUGAGACUAAAACCCAAGAAGAAAGCUUAGACAGUAAUAAGGAAGAGUCUGUAACAGGGAGUGCUGUCACUGACAAAGUUUCAGAGCAUGAACUUUCUCAGGAUCCUACAGAAAAAGUUGAUCAAGCUUAUAGUACUGGUGAGGAAAAAGUUCAUAAAGCCGAGGAUACCAAUAUCGAAGGCAAAGAAACACAAGAGGAGGGUGAUGUAAAGCAAUUUACAGAAGAAGCAGAGGUUGAAGGUUCGGUAAAAGAUGACGUUUUGGGUGAAGGGAAUGCGGAAAAAGUUGAACAUGAAAUUGCUCAGAGUCCUCCAGGAAAAAAUGAUGAGGUUAAUUGUACUGGUGAGGAAAGAGUUCAGACUGCUGUGGAUACCAAUAUAGAAUGCAAAGAAACACGAGAGGAAAACCUAGACAGCUCAAAUCUUGAGGGAAGUACAGCAAGAGAGGGUGAUGUAAAACAAGGAGCAGAAAAAGUAGAGGUCGAAGGGUUGGUAAAAGGUGAAGUUUUGGGUGAAGGGGAUGCGAUUCAUGAGCAGGGAGCAAUAGAUGAAUUGGAAGAAAAGGAGCCAGGGGCAAGUACAGGAAAGGAUGAGCAUGAAAUUGCUCCUGGUCCUACAGAAAAAGUUGAUGAGGCUAAUUGUACUGGUGAGGGAAGAGUGCAGACUGCCGAGGAUACUGAUGUUGAAGGCAAAGAAACACAAGAGGAAAGCAUAGACAGCACAAAUGUGAAAGAAGAAACAGAAAAAGUAGAGUUUGAAGGUUUGGCAGUGGACAAAGUUUUGGAUGAAGAGAAGAUGAUUCCUGAGCAGGGAGAAUUAGAUAAAUUAAUGGGGAACAAGGAGCCAGGGGCAAGUACAGGAUCUGAGGAAAAGGUUGAACAUGAAAUUGCUCAAGGUCCUACAGAAAAAGUUGAAGAAAAAAUUAAUCAUGCUGGUGAGGACAGAGUUAAGAGUGCUGAGGAUAGCAACACAAAAGGAACACAAGAUGAAAACAAAGACAGCACAGAUAUUAUGGAAAUGACUGUGACAGAGAGUGAUGUAAAACAGGUAACAGAAAAAGUAGGGGAUGAAAGUUUUGUUCAGUUAAUGAAGACAGGCAUUGCGAGUGAGUGCCAGGAGGAGUUGGAUAGUGAUGUAGUGAAGAGCAAAGACGCAAGUUCAUGUGAGGCUCAGAAGGAGCAUGAGGAACGGGAAGGGGUUACCAUGGAAACCAAAGCAGAACAGAUAGAGGAAGUGACCAGGGAAUAUGUGACACCUUCCUUAGAACAUGGGCAGAAAUCCGAGGAGAUUGAGGGUAGUGGCAAGGCCCCACAAAGUAUUGCGAUUGGAGAACCAGAGACUUUAUCCAAUGACAGCACAGUCAUGGAGGAGGUGACUGUUGGUUCAGACGUCCAGGCUGGCAAUGAGAAACAAGAAUAUGUUUCUUUAGAGACUGAAACAAAGCAGGAAGAAGCGAUCCUAGCAGGAGAUGGAAUGACCCUAACCAUGGUCCACUGUGAGCUGGAUUCAGAGGACACAGGUGUAAGUGAGGAAGCCUUACUACACAGACCUGAGGAUGAACCAGAAGUUAGUUGUGAAAGUGACACAACCAACAACAAUGUAGAAGGAGUGACUAAUGAGAAUGACAGUAAAGAAAAGCAUGUAGGAGAUGUGACCACUUCAUGUGUUGUAGAAGUAGACCAAGGAGAAGUCUCAAUACCUCUGGAAGAUAAGGGUGAAGAUAUUGAGGAAGCCAAGAAUAAGAUAGGCAACAGCAGCCAAAAGGAUGAAGGAGAAGGACUUAAACAAGACGACUUGAAGAAGGAAGAUUUUGAAAAGAAAGUGCAGAGUCAGAAAACUGAAGACCAAAACGAAGAAGAUAAACUUGAAGAUGAAACCAAUUUAAAAAGUCAGACUACAGAAGAACAGAGUGUUGAAGGAAUGGCAAAUGUUGAAGCUGUACAGGAAAAUAUCAUGGGUAGGGUCGUAGCUCAAGGGUCUGGAGAUGAUAUAAAAGAGGAACCUUUGUUUAGUGGAGAGGGUCAAAAAGUAAUUUCAGAAGACUGCAUUGAGACCAUUGAAGAAGAAAAGAGAACUGUAAACAAGGAAGUGAAGGGAACAGAGAGUCAAAACGUAGAUCCAGCAAUUGUUAAAGAUGUCAUUGAGACUAAGGGAGAAACAGCAGUUCAGUCUGAAAUCUGCGUGGAGAAAGUAGACGUUGAACUUGACCACCAAGACAAUUUAGAUGAAAAAAUACACCCUGAGAACCUUGAAACAGUUGGCACUGUCACAGAGGAUAGUAAACCCAGUGAAAACUCUGAACUGUCACCAGCAGACAAAGUGGCUUCACAAAGUUCUGUAGAAGUGGAGACCCUUAGAGAUGAAAAAAGCAAUCAGGGUCUUGAAUCAACAGUCACAGGGGAAGAUAACAUCAAAUCAGAAUGUAUGUUCCCUGAUGGCAGUGAGCAGGAGAAAACUGAUAUUGAAAAACAGACAGAUGAAACAAUCGUUCAGCAAACUACAGCCGAUAUAAGCGAAGUUGUUAUAUCGGAGGAAAUGGCUACUGCUGAGAAGAAAGCCAAUGCAUUUAAUUUAGAGAAAGAAAGAGAGAGUAAAGACCAGCAACCUCAAUAUGAGUACAAAGAAGAGGCCCAAGAAGUGAAGCAAGAGGUAACUUCAAAAGAAGCGGUAGAAGAAAAGAGUGCGGAAAAAGUAGAGGAGAACAUUCCUGACGACAUCCAAGAAAAAGAGCAAGUACCUGUUAAAGAAGAAAAACAGGAGGAGACACCGCUCACACAACAGGAAGUUCAAGAAGAGGACAAUGAGGAAGAUGAGGAAGGAGAGUCAUUCGACUUUGAUGAUGAAGUGGGACAGGAUUUGGAAGAAUCGGAUCAGAGAGUUUGCCUAGAAGAUCCACUUAAGGAAAAAGAGACACGGCAACAGGGUGCUGAAACAAACAAUAGUAGUCCUGUGACCAAUACUGGUAGUCAAGAUAAAGAACAAAGUAGUGAGAAGGGAGAUGCAGAUCAGCUUAAAUCUCAAGAUUUAGAAAGUGAAAAGACAGGGGGAGAGCAAAACCAAAAGGAAGUGGAGGAGGUUUGUUCUGCUGGUAGUCAGGGAAGUGUGAAGGAGUCGGGAGAGAGAGGGCAGCAGGGUGAGGACGGGACAGAGCAAGGGGACAUAGGGAGGGAGUUCGAGAAGGAGCUGGGAGAGGGUAUAAAAAGGCAAAGUAUGUGUGAAGACAGUGUAGGGGAACCCGUGGGGCAGAAGCCAGAUGGCGUACAGGAUAUGGAGGACAGCAAGUCAGGAAGUACUGAGGAUCCUGGAAAGCAAGAUGCAGCCAAGGGGAGUAAGAAGGGAAAGGGGAAAAAUAAGGAUGAGUGUCAGAUAUCAUGAAAAGUGUUUUAAUCCAGACUACUCCAAGGUGAGACAAAUGAGAGACUAAUUGGAUAGUUGUGUGCCAGAAUAACCCAAUUCUCAAGUAGAAUUUAAAGUGUUUGAUAUAAAACCUACCAUUUUUAAUUUUAAAUAUGGCAUGAGACCAUCCAAUCAUUUUAAUACAAUAAAAUGUAAUUUUGGUCUAAAGUACCUUACAAAUCACAAAAAAGUACCUGCUGAUGUUACAAUUAAGGUUUACUUUUACUUUGAUGUUUACUGUGUUUCAAUAUGAACUUACAUUUCUAUCAAGUAGAAAGCCAUGUAUUAGUUCAGAGGUAAUUACAUUUGAAUUACCAACGCUAAUUAGUGUAUACAGUGUUGCACACAAGAUUGUGAGAUAGUAAUUAACACAAAGUGUCAUGAUUGUUUUAUUAUAGUAUGUGAUCUUGGUUCCAACUUGCCCCUCUGUAGAGUUCUCUUGAAAAUAGUUUGCUAAACUUGUGGCUUUUGAAAAAGUUCACAGUUUAGCAAGAAGUUUGAUUGCUCUACAUUCACCCAGUUACACAGUUACCUUUCUAGUGUGUUAAUAUGCUGUAUGUGGUUAAGAUCCUUACUAUGGAAUCUAAACUGUGGGAUUCAGUGUUAUAAUGAAGAGGGUAGUGCCUUAGUCAGGAUACAGAGAGUUUUUAAUUUCAAGUAAAGGACUGCCCGGACUGUUUCAGAGAUUACCAGUUACUAUGUAAAAGCAUCCUGUAUCAGAAGAAAUGUCCUUGGUAUUUGUGCUUAUUCUACUGUAUAUCAACUAUUUAUUUUCAGAGAAGAUGUAUUCUGGUUAGACUAUAGUCAUACAUAAGAAAAUAAAUUGCAAUUCCAAAAAAGGAGGAUGGUGAUUUUUUUUCUUUCCUUUGCGGUUGUUGACUAGAUACAUUAGCAAAGUACCUUAACUGUUUUAUAAUGGCACUUUAUCAUGUAUUAAGUGAGUUUCGGAUUGGAUAUUGAAAGUAAUAACUGCUGCGCUGGUAUAUUGACACUGUAAACUGCAGUGCUGUAAUAGAGGUCUAUUUGUUUCCAGUGUUAUUAAUGUUACAUUUGACUGAGGUAUUUUUUGCUGUGCAUAAAUACUUCCAUGUAUGCUUUUAUGGUGUUUUUCGGGUGUGUAUUAAAGUGAUUAAAAAAAACAAACCUGUUUAUCAGUAACAUAGUAUCGAUAUAAACGGACAUCAAGUCGCACAAUGGCAAAAUCUAGUGUCAUUUACAGCUCACUUUGAUUUACAUUUUAUUUGUCACUUUCUGUACCUGUGUCUCACCUCCGUUGAAGUCAUUGGAAAGAAUUUUCAGGCAGGUGCAUUAGGAUAUAUCGAGGUCUUUCCAUGGGCUUCCUUCAUGCAACUUCAUUCUGUAAUUGUUUUGUAACGUUUAAGUUUUUCUUUCCCCCCCAAAAAAUUAUGAUGCUUUUGUAUUUUUCAGUGUGUCUUGAUAAGUGUGUAUCUUCCAUGAUUCGUUGUACAUAUAACUGAGCCAAAAAAUGUAUAAGAACUGCUUUCGCCACCUGUUCUUGUCAGCUCACCAUUUAUGUUUAAAGUGCACUAAGAACAUUAAUAGUGGUAGAACUUAAUUUUUGUUAUUGUCUUUUGUACUUCACACACAUACUAGUGCUGGGAGGAAGUAGUUUUUUGUUAUGUUUCUAUAUUUGUUCUACAUUUUAGAUCAUUAUCACUGCUGGAAAACAAUCACUUGCAGUAAGGAGCAAAAUCACUGGUGAAUCAAUCUGGUGAAGUUUUUGCCCUUUUAAUUUUGCCCUUUUAAUUUUGAUUGAGUGUGUUUUAAAGUUAUGGUAUUGUUAACAAAAGAAACGCUUCCCAUAACGAUAGGCUACCGGGAGGCUUUCAUGACAGGGGUUUGAGGUUUAAUUAUGGCACACUUUUGUUAUAUUAAUAUAAAUGGAUUAAGCAUACAGUAUUUCUGGAAAACAGAUAUACAUCUCAUUUCUAACAUUAGUUUUGUUUCAAUAUUUAACAUCUGUCCCAGCACUAAUAUUUUAGUAUCGGUCAGCUUUACCGGCAGGUUUCACAGACCCCGAUUAGCACAAGUCUUGAACUGCUUUACCUAAAAUAACAUUAGUUAGUUCAAGAUUAGUGAUAAUCGGGCUCUGUGAAAGCAGCCACCAGUGUAAUAAAUAUCACAGAGGAGCAAGCUCUGAAGUGUCAUCAACUUAGUGUCAUGCCACUAAGGAGCUCUCUGCUUUCCAAGUGCAAAUAUUAGAUCAGUACUUGAUAAGGAAAUUUAAUUUGAACCACGUAAUUUUUUUUUUUUUUGUGGGCAAGUUAUUUAAAUUAGCUGGAAUCCUAAUUUCUUUAAAAACAAAUAUCAGAUUACCCAGUUCCAAUUGGAGAUUGUACUAUAUAGUGUAUAAUUUUUUUUGAAUGUAAUGAACUGAACAUUUGAAAAAAAUAAUCAAUAAAAAAAUCUAUAAUCCUUGUUUUGUAGUCUUUUAACCUGAAAUAUAAUGACCGUGUCCAGCAAGAAUUUUAGGCAGUGUGCUCCCUUUAAUGUAUUAAACCUCUUUGCAAUGUAUCAAACCUUGAGAACCUAGCUGUUAGUUGGCAGUUUAUAUCAGAAUUUGGCAAUGGCAUUAGAAUGUGUGUUUCCAACUAGUCAGAGAAUGGAUUUCUCAGACUGCAGCUGGGAAGCUAAGACACUCAGUGCUGCAUGUCUUUAAGGAAGGGCAAGUGUUCCGAGAACAUGACUGGGGAAGACCAGGACUGCUGAGGAAUUCCACCUUCUGAAAGCCAUCAUUCUAUACACACAAAACCCCAGCCCUGAAUUCUGCAUUGACCACUGCAAUGCCCGACGACUUAUGCAAGAUGAUUAUAUUUCGGGGUUUGCAAGGUAGCAACAUUUGAAUGACUCGCUAGUUAUGUUUGCAAAGAUUUCGUCAUUAUUAUUAUUAUUAUUAUUAACCUAGCUACAGGAGAGUUGAAGAGAGCUAACUGGUAGUAUACAUUACAUUACCCAGCAUGUCUACAGGAUUCUUGUUGAUGCACAGUGAUUUACAUAACCAGUAUAUUAUGCAAAAUGAUUUGGAUAUUAAUGAAACCGGGUUUGAACAGUUUGAUUGAAUUAGAAAAGUUAUAACCAAAUACAAUGGAUAUUGAUUAUCUGGAUAACUAGCUGGGUAUUUUUCUGUUUUUGUUGUAUUUUAAUGGACUAUUUCAAGAUUUAUUUUCAUAUUUUUUUUUAAAUAGUUCUCAAUAAUUCUGAAUGGAUCUAUGGAUCUGCAGUUCUGUUACUUUACCAUGUAGCAAGUGGAGUCGACAGAGUUAAAGGUCACUUAUCACAUGAUUUCCCAAGUCCAGGAAGUAAAAGCAAGAUAGCAGCCAGUUUAAGCAAUGAGGAAACAUCUCAAUAUUAGAGCAACAGUAAAUAAAAUAAAUAAAGGGAUUUGUUAGACUUUUAAACACAGUAAAUCAAUACACACGUGUCCAGUCCUGCAGUAUGCAAUACCACUUCAGUAUGUCAAAAGAAUUAUGCUAGCCAGUGAAACUAAAUAGUGAAAAUGUAUUUUUAUUUCUGAAUUCCAGAACUCACAAAGACUGUGAAAGAAGGAAUGCAUUUUCAAAGUAAAAAAACCCCAAAAGACAGCAAAUUGGAAUUUAUUACUAAACAUUGAAAAGCAUUAGCGCUCCAGUAAAUUCUGCGCAGCUCCAUGCAGGUAACUAGUAUACUAAUGCUUUAUAAAUAAGUGUGGUUAACUAGUGCACAAGGUGUGUUGUAAUUGCAAUGAUUGAGUGACAGUGUUAUUAACAUGCAAAUGAGAUUUUGUGUUCCAGCUUUGUCUCCAUCCUAGUGUAUUUGCAUGCUAACCAAGUAGAAGAUAUUAAAGGUCAUUUGCAUGCAGCAGACAGAAGAUGAACUAAACUCCCUCCAUGCCUCCUCCUCUUCCUCUAUCUCUCCCUAUGGUAUGUGCCAUUAAACCUCAUUUACUAACCUGAACUUUCUCUCCUGAGUGCAGCAGGGCUGGGGACAGGCCCUAAAUAAGCAACAGGUUCCUGUUGACAAGAUGCCUCCUUCUUUUACUUGUUGUUUUCCAUAUUUUAGGUGCAGUUCAACAAAAGUUCCAAUAAAACUGUCUGCUGUAUCCUUAUCUACUGUAGCAAAGCUGAGCCUGUUGAAAACAACGAUAUGGGUCGUGGUCAUAAAACUCUUUAAGACAGACACUCAUGGGCACACCAGCAUCUAAAGGGUUAAAGCCUGAUAUGCAAGAGACUGCUGUUUAAUUUAUGUAUUUAUUUCAUUAUUUUUUGUCUUCAAUUAAGUACCUGUUGUGCCCAUGUUCUUCCUUUCCAAAGAUGUGGAGUAGAAGAUUACACAUAGAGAUACAGCGAUCCAGGGGCAACCAAAACUCACAGAUCUGCUUUCUAUGAGGAAAAAUAUAUAUUUAUGUACUGCUGUGGAGACAAACAAGCAUGUGGAGCACACAGAAAGGGUUCAAGUGUUUUCUGCAGAGUUACAUGUGGGAUUGCACAGCUACAGUACCACCCAACACUCCUCUAACAACUAGAAAUAAUCUCCCUCUAACAAAUGCUUAACAUUUUUUUACUUGGCGUCUCUAAGGUGCUUCAUCGUCAU